AGAAAGUUUGUCGCUUUAUCGUCAGGCAUUUGUAUGGACUCCUCUCCCCAUCUGAGGACGACAACAUGGCGGUCUCCUUGCGCCUGGGUCGUCAGGGAGUUUUAUAUGGUCUCAGGUUAUCUCGGUUCAGCAAAUGUUCGUGGCCCAGACAGACGUGUCAGGACCGUGUGAGAUAUUUCUUUCGGUCGCCAUGGGUGCUCGGUGUCAGUCCACUCAAAGUGCAAAUGCCAGCCCUUUCACCCACCAUGGAAGAGGGAAACAUAGUCAAAUGGUUGAAGAAAGAAGGUGAAUCCGUGGAAGCAGGUGAUGCCCUAUGCGAAAUAGAAACCGACAAGGCAGUGGUUACUAUGGAAUCAAAUGAUGAUGGGGUUUUGGCAAAAAUAUUGAUGGAAGAGGGCAGUCGCAAUGUGCGCCUUGGUACUCUCAUUGCUCUCAUGGUGGAAGAAGGGCAGGACUGGAAGCAGGUUGAGAUCCCCCCUCUAGAUGCUGCAUCACCAGCUGCAGCUCCAUCUGCUUCAGAUGCAGGCGCUGCCUCAACGUUGACCCCCGCUGCUCCAUCUCCAAGCCCUCUGCCAAAACCAGUCACAUCUGGGCCGUUACGUUUGAGUCCAGCAGCAAGACACAUUUUGGACACCCAUGGUAUUGACCCAAAGUUGGCCACACCUACAGGGCCACGAGGACUGAUCACUAAAGAAGAUGCACUGAAUCUUUUAAAGAAGUCCCCGACCCCAAGAACUGCACCAGGUACCAUAACGACAGCAGCUCCGAGUCCUGCCCCUACCCCAAAAGUUCCCCCUCCACCGCCAGGCAGUAGACCCAACAUCCCUCCAGUAUCUGUACCUGGAAAACCAGGAGCACCGGGAAGUUUCACUGAGAUCCCUGCCACGAAUGUUCGCCGAGUGAUUGCUCAAAGACUGACCGAGUCCAAGACUACAAUCCCACAUGCAUAUGCUUCCAUAGACUGUGACAUGGCUGCUGUCAUGAAGCUCCGCAAAGACCUUGCCAAAGAUCAAAUCAAAGUGUCUGUCAAUGAUUUCAUUAUCAAGGCAGCUGCUGUUACACUUAGAGAAAUGCCAGAAGUAAAUGUGACGUGGUCUGGUGAUGGACCUCAUCCACUAGAUUCUAUCCAUAUUUCAGUCGCUGUGGCUACGGACAGAGGCCUCAUCACACCAAUUAUCAGGGAUGCUGCUAGCAAAGGAGUGCAGGAGAUCUCCGCUUCUGCUAAGGUGUUGGCCCAGAAAGCUCGAGACGGUAAACUACUGCCUGAGGAGUACCAGGGAGGCUCGUUCAGUAUAUCUAACCUAGGCAUGUUCGGAAUCACUGGUUUCAGCGCCGUGAUCAACCCUCCUCAGGCCUGCAUCCUCGCUGUUGGCACUUCCAGGACUGAGCUUCGACUGAAUGAAGAUGACCAGAUGCUGCACAAGCAACAGCUGAUGACAGUUACUUUGUCCAGCGACGGUCGGCUCGUGGAUGAUGAAUUAGCCUCUCGGUUUCUUGAUAAAUUCCGUGCCAACCUUGAACAACCGCAGCGUAUGGCCCUUGCCUGAGUGCAAAAGAUCACUUUGAAGUGGAAAGUUCAAAAUAAAAAAAAUUUUAAGAGAAAGCCUGGCUCGUGUUUUCUCAACUAAAGAGCUCUUAAGUAGUGGAUUAGCAUUAUUGCCUCAUUUUAAGCUUACAAGAUGGUGUUCAUGAUGUAAACUGAAUGAUUGCCACCUAGUCAAAGUGAACUUCUGAUUCAGUUUAGCACAAAGCUGACAGUGAUUUAACAUCAAACAAAAGUGCAUCCCAAAUACCGUUAAACAGACAGGCUAUCUACCACACAAGCAAUGUAAAUAAAAUGCUCAGUCUAAAUCCAUCUGGACCAACUUUGUCACCAAUAAUACAUCUGCAAAUGGUCAAACCUUAACAUGAACAUUUUCAAUAUUUAUCAACAGAACAUCUAUGGCAACACAGUUUGCACUGCUGUUAAAUCCAUCUGAGCAAAUUGUUACUAAAUUUACAAACAUAUUAAGUUGUUAAUGUUAAUAUUAUUUCCUUAAUUUAAAAUAAUUGUCACUGACAAGUUCUUGAAGUCCAAAUGUAAUUACAUUUAUGUUUUGGUGUCUUAUUGUGUCAAUAAAACACUGUUCAACCUU